GUCAAGGGUCAGUUAGUGUGUUUUGAUAUGGCCCACGUUAAGAUGCACUGCUCGGGGAUUCCCUGCUUCAGAGAAUCCCCGAGUAGGUGAUAAUGCUAUAUGAACUGAAGAAGCGAGCUUGAAGAUGGUGCGCGGAAAGAGAAAUGGGAUUUUUGCUUUUGAAAAUAUUUAAAAAAGUGCGCAUUGAUUAUGAAUGAAGAAAUGAUACUUGCAAUAACACAAAGAGCUGUGAUCCAGAAAAUGAAACCGGGUGUUCGCUGUUGAAAGAUUAAUUAAACAAAUGUCUAUGAAAUGUCGUGUUUAGCGUGAGAAUAAUGAUUAAGGUUAAGGUAUUCUCGUUGAACCGGUUGCAAUUUAAUGUGUUAAAAACAAAGAAAUUAGUUGUUUGAUGAAAGGAAGAAGCUGUGAAUAGCAUUCUGGACUAUGUGACAUCGAUUAACUGAUAAUUAUUUAAAUGGACUGAUAAGAUGAAACGGUACAUUAACUGUUGAAACAGUGUGGAGCAGUUUUCGGGAGGAAUUGAAUCAAAGUUUACAACGUAAUUACUAUCAUAAUCCGCAUGAUAAUUACAAUUGCAAUAUUUGAGAUUAUUUCACCGAACAUUAACGGCGUUUAAACGAUGGCCUCCGCAAACAAGGUUCAGGCCAUUUUCAGAUAAGACUGUGUGCGAACCUCCUAUGGGAAUUGGCCAGUCAAUGGUCAUUAGGGUGGUUCAAACUACCGAUUUUGCUCCAACAUGCUCAAUCGAUUCGAAGCCAGAUUCCGAUAAUUUCCUCAAAAUUUUAGUUCAUAUGGAUGCGAACCCAUACUGAACUGAUCGUUUGAAGUUUAUUUGAGAAGUAUUAUGGGAAAAGUUUGCUAUUUUUUCUUAUGGGGAAUGUAUCAGCUACUAGACCACUUUUUGAUUAGACUUCAAGGUAAUAAGUUAUUAAAUAAUUUCGAAGCCGAUAACUUUCUGAUAUGAUUAAUCGACUGCUCUCAGGGCAACAAUGCAUCUUACACUUAUGACAUAGUAGUCUGGAUUAUUUGUCCUAUGAUUUGCGCCAAGUACACUAAUGUUGCUUGCUGAGCAGUUGAUGGUGCAUGUCAGAAAAAUAUCAUCUUCUUAAUAAAUUAAUAUCUAAUUAUCCUGACGUUCCAUCAAAAAGGGGAGUUGUAGUUGGGAAAAUUUCACAUUAGUACAGUUAGCUUACUUUUCCGUAGCUCAUUACAGCGAAGGGCUAGAACAAUGAUAACAAGAACUUCUCUUUUUCCAUACAACCUUUAAAGGGCCAGUGUAGUAUGAGUUCGCAUUCAAAUGAGCUAAUUUUUUAGGAGAAUUAUCAGGACCUGAUUUGAAAUCGAUUGAGCUUGGUGGUGGAGCAAAAUAGAUAUUUUGAACCACCCUAAUGGUCAUCUUCUAUAGCGGUUAUCAGGAAAAAUUGCAAAAGGACAUUUUGUCGAUCUAAAGAAAAAACCAAUAGCUCUUAUGUCUGUUAAAAAAAUACGUAACGCAAAAGCGGGAGGGGGGAAUAUAGAAAAGUGUUACAGUUUGCAACACUUUGAUGAGGAGGAGUGAGUGGGUGCUUGGUGGUGUUACGCGUACAAAUGCAACUUUAAGAAAUUUUGUAAACAUAUGAUGCGUAGGAAAAGGAAAACUCUGAAAAUGGUGGAUGAGUGUGAAACAUCAUCAUUGAUGGAUUUGUUAUAAAGACAAAGUAUGUGUAUUCGAAGAUUCAGUGCUUUCUGGAUUGAACUGAGAACCAACCAGUGCUGCAUAAUCUCGACACGGCGAUAUUGAUAAAGGAUUUAUUUGUCAAUUUUCAGUGACAAACAUGUGCAGUUUUUGUUAUUAGGUUCGUAACGAAAUUAUAUGAAUGCAUCACAUAAUUCGAGCAGUUUAAAAUUACGUUUCCUAGCACUCGAACUUUGCCGUGGAACAAUAUUUUGAAUUAAUCUUUUAGAACCACUAGAAAAUAGGGUCUUGUUUAUGCUAAGCUGGAAAAAUCUGGAAUUUGUUGUUCCAUUUUCUUCAAAUCGCUAGUAGAAGGUCGUCUCAAAACUACUCGAAAAUAUGAUUAAUUGAGCAAAAUAAAUCGAAGGAGCCGUUAACGUGAACAAGCAUCUACAUCCUUAACUGGAUUACAAUAAUAAGACACGGAAUGCACGAAAUUACACUUAACCAGGCGAAUCUUUGUCAUUGACGAAAAAUGAGUAAAUGAGUUUUUACGAAGGAUUAUGUGAGGAUCAAUUCAUCCAGUGACGAUCACAAACAAACAACAUCCAGUGACGAUGUCAACAAUAAUUUUGUAACAACAAUAAUGUCGCGAGAAAUAUUUCAAUGAUAAAUCUACGCACUGGUACCAACAUUUAAAUGAAGAAUGGAUGGCAUCUCAUGCAGUGCUGUCAUAUUAGAUUUAGUGCUGUUUACUAUGUGUGCUCCGCCCACCUCAAAUCCUUACGCUCCCUUCAAGGAACCACUAAUUGUGUGUAAUUAAAUUAGGGCCCGGGUUAAACUUGUAUACAAUCAACUCAUCUUAAAUAUUCACAAUACCUACUGAUUUUUCGUGUAUUGGUUCAUCAAGUUUUUUUUACCGUCGAUCUUGUUUUCGUACUGAGUACUAAUGCCGUUCGCAAUGCUGAGUUUCAAAAUUGUUUUAAACUACUCGUCAAUUCUAUAAUUUGAAACUGUCAAAAAUAAAACUGCAACACGAUCAGCGCAACGCACAGUUCUAAAACAUGUUUGUAAUCAUCAAGUUCCAUAAACUUUACUGUUCUCUAUGAAGUUCUCCGUUUUUUUUUGUGGAGCUCUUCGAAACAUCUUCAACACAUCCAAAGAAAUUUGAAACAGAGUUCCAUUCGUGUUUCAAACUCGCUCAGAAAUAAAACAGAAUAGUCGAGCAGUUGCAAAUCUGGUGCAAAAUAGUGCUCGAAUAAUGAAACUGCAACUCAGCAUUGCGAGAGGUGCGUUUCUGUUCUAGUUUCAAAUUGAAACAGUCCAUAUAAAAUACAACAGCAUUGCGAACGACCUAAUGUUACUGUUCCAUCCAAGUAAUCACGAUGUUCCAUUCAAGUAAUCGCAGCAACCCACAGCUGCGACCGAGAUGGAAAAAUUAGUGAUUCAAAGUGUAGAUGUCAACCCGAAUAAACGUAUAGUUAGAAGCACUCAAACUUUCUUUAUUCUUUGAGAAGAACACUUCAGUUGGCGACGAGGAUUUUUCUGGAGGCUCACAAGUUCAAGAAAUUCCAGAAUCGAACCGAGGAAGGAUGGCGGCGACAAACGAAGAACUCCAAGCAGCAAUUUUGCAGCUUCUCCAGCGGUUGGCCGUUUCACAAGCAACGAACCCAGAGCAAGUUUUGGAAUCCUUGUCGACGAACAUCAGCGAGUUCUGCUUCGAUCCGGAGAACGGCACCACAUUCGUUAAAUGGUUUGCCCGUUACUCGGAUUUGUUUGAAAGCAACGCACGAAGUCUGGACGACGCAGCAAAAGUUAGGCUUCUGCUCCGGAAGUUGGACACGUCCUCUCACAGUCGCUACGUCAACUACAUCCUUCCGAAACUACCAAAGGACGUCACGUUUGCCGAUACCGUCAAGACACUCACAAAGAUCUUCGGCAGACAGACCUCCGUAUUCCACAAACGCUACCAGUGCAUGCAGCUACUCAAGUCCGAGACCGACGACAUAAUCACCUAUGGCGGAAAAGUUAACAGGGCAUGUGAAGAGUUCGAGUUCCAGAAUUUGAAGAUUGAUCACUUCAAGUGCUUGAUUUUCGUCUGUGUUCUCAAAGCACCACGCUACGCGAACAUUCGAGCAAGGCUUCUAUCCCGGAUUGAAGGUGAAACGGCUGAUGCUCCGGUGACAAUUCAAACUCUGAUCGAUGAGUUUCAGCGGCUCGUCAACAUCAAGUCGGACACUACGAUGAUCGAACAUCCACCAAGUUCGAAGAAUUCGGUCAAUAGCAUUUCGGAGAAGAAACCCGGAAACCAGCAUCGUCCACUGAAAACGGAAAGCAAGUCCACUCCUCGUACUCCAUGCUGGCAGUGUGGUCAGAUGCUCUACGUCCGUGACUGUCCAUUUUCUGAUCAUCUCUGCAAGGUAUGUAACCGCAUCGGUCAUAAAGAAGGCUACUGUAGCUGCAUCAAGAAGUCUUCAAGCGACUCUUCAACUCAACCUCGAGAGAAGAAGCAGUUCCAGAAGAAGGCAGGUUCCAGAUCUCAAGCCAAGGGAAUUUUCGUGAAGCACAUCGCAAACAGCAACCGGAAACGCAAGUAUGUGGCCCUUAACAUCAAUGGUGUUAUGACUUCGCUACAACUGGAUUCUGCAAGUGAUAUCACGGUGAUUUCCAAGAAAACUUGGCAGCAACUGAGACGAUCAAAGCUAACUCCAUCUUCGAUCGAAGCCUCCAACGCAUCUGGUGGACCACUCGCUCUCAUCGGAGAAUUCCAUUGUGAAGCAGUCCUCAAUGACAUGGUCAAGCGUGGUCAGUAG